UGAAUUUGGAAUUGGGUUUCAGCACAGAUGGUGCCUUCUUUCAUCGUUUUAGUUUGGUUUAUUCUUCCCAAUGAGCGCCUAGCCUCCGGAUAUUCCAAUUAUGUCGGGGCGAAUGCCGUACAGACAUAUGUCAAGGAAACAGAGGUUCAGGAAACAAGCAUCACGUUUCAACAGAAAUCAGUGCGACCAGGAGACAAAGCACGACUCGAUCUAAAGUCUACUUCCGGAUCUUCAUUCUACGUUCUUGCUGUAGAUAAAAGUAUUCUGCUCCUGCAUAAAGGAAACGACAUAACGGAGUCGAUCCUUCCUGACCUAAAUGCUGACCCAGUGUCACCCUUAACGGUCUCUCAAUCCUCAACAAGUACAAUUUAUAAUUCUGGCAUGACUGUACAAUACAUCCAACUGCGUGAUCCACAAUCAUCCACGUUCUCUACUAGCACUUCUUCAUGGUAUGAUCACUACUACUACUACUACACAUAUGCGUCAUACAGUGUGUAUGCAUCAUCAAAAUCAGCUUCAAGUGUAAGGACCUCCACGGUUGGACCAACACAAGCACCAAUAGCAUCAACACGCUCACGAGACGAAAUCAAUAAACCAGUUAAACAGGAAACCAUCAGAAAGAAAUUUCCGGACACAUGGUUAUUCAUAAAUGCAACAGCAGAUUCAUCCGGUAGAGCAAGCCUUGACAUGAAGGUACCAGACACAGUUACAACAUGGGUUGCCAGUUGUUUCGCCGUCAGUGCACAGUCCAAAAUAACUACCGCUGCACGCAAUGCUGAAUUGGAAGUGUUCCUGCCGUUCUUCAUCAGUUUGCAGUUACCAUUUUCUGUCAUACGAAACGAACAGUUGGUCCUGCAGGCAAAUAUUUUCAACUAUCAUACGGAGGACCUCUAUGUAUUGGUCACAUUAAAGAAAAGUUCCCAGUUUCGUGGACUAGCAGUCGUGAAGCGUGGAAGACGACGAAAGCUUGAGGAAAGAUGUGGAAACGUAGUGCUCUGUAUCUUUGCAAAAGCCGGCCGUGGUACCGCAGCCUUUUUCCCAAUUGUACCAACUGAAACUGGGAAAGUAAAAAUAACAAUUACAGCCGAUUCAUCAUUAUUCAAGGACACUGUUAUCAAAUAUCUUCGGGUAGAGUCUGAAGGCGCACCGAAGGAUGUUGCUUACCCAUUCCUCAUAGAUUUAACGCAGGAAACUACGUUUGAUACACGCUUUGACUUGAACUAUCCACCAAAUACAGUUGACGGUUCUCAGCGAAUGAGGGUUUCUUUGAUUGGUGAUAUAAUGGGUCCAACGAUCGACGGGUUGGAUAGACUUGUGAGAAUGCCUUAUGGAUGCGGUGAACAAAACAUGAUUUCUACAGCCCCUUCUGUAUUUGUGUACAGGUAUUUAUCAGCAGUUGGCAAACUCACAGACGAGUUAAAGGAAAAGGCCGAACAAUUCAUGAGGAUAGGCAUGCAACGCCAGUUGAGAUACCGGCAUACCGAUUGGUCUUUCAGUGCAUGGGGUGGGAGCGGCUCUGGUAGCACAUGGUUGACUUCCUUUGUGUUAAAAGUAUUUUCGAUGGCUUCGAGCUACGUUGAAAUUGACGAUCAGAUAGUCACCGAAUCGGCAGAUUGGCUUAUUAGUAUUCAAAAUGCUGACGGGAGUUUCCCUGAGAAGGGCAGUGUUGGUAGCAGAUCUCUGCAGGGUGGUGCGAGCGGAACCAUUGAAAGAAUGACAGCAUACGUACUCAUAGCGUUAUUAGAGGGCAGGAAAGCUUCCUCCAAUGUAGAGUUUUGUCCUGACUGUCUUGAUCGGCUUGACAGCGCCAUUAUGAAAGCAUCCAAUUAUGUAUCGAACAAUUUGAACAAUCAAACAUCAGUUUAUACUGUUGCAAUAUCUACGUAUGCAUUAACGUCUGCUGGACAUAAGGGGGCGGAGCGAGCCAGAAAUAUGUUAGAUGGCUUAUCAGUGGGCGGCGCAGGUCAAAAAUAUUGGCAAGAACCAAAUCAACCUCCAGUAUCUAGAUAUCAUUACGGACCAUCUACACAAGCCGUGUCCAUUGAAAUGACAGCAUACGGUUUGCUAGCAUUCGUUGAGUCAGGGAAUACUGCAACGUCUUUAUUGAUACAAAAAUGGUUAAUUAGUCAACGAAAUCCAUAUGGAGGGUUUAUUUCUACACAGGACACGGUGAUUGCUUUACAAGCAUUGUCUGAACUUGGUGCACAGAUCAAAGCUGAUGAUCCAAACAUGAAUAUAAUACUCUCAUAUACAGACAACAAACUACGGAAAAAGAAAUUUAAGGUCAACACAAGAAAUGCAAUGAUUAUGCAGACAGCAGAUAUCUCGACCGAUACAAAGACGAUAAGCAUUCAUGCCUGGGGGACAAUAGGGACCACAGCUAUACUAACGGUGUCUUUAUUUUACAACAUAUUCAUGGACCUUGAAGGCAGAAGUUUGCGUUUGGAAGUGACUUUACUGAAGGAAACUAUAAACGGAUUUACACUUAGGUCUUGCGUGAGCUGGUUGGAAAACGAUGUCAGUGGAAUGAUUGUAGUUGAGAUUGGUAUACCAUCAGGAUUUGAGGCUAAUAGAUGGGGGAUUUCACCACAUGAUCUUCUUAAAAGAACUGAAAUAGAAGAUAGAAAAGUUAUACUAUACUACGAUGAGGUGACCUUUAGCGGGAUAUGUACAGUUAUACCUGUUGUGAGAGACAAGAUGGUUGCCAAUAUCAAGCCGGUGCCGUGCAAGGCCUACGAAUACUAUGAGCCAAGCAAUGAAGUAACAGUGUUUUACCUCCCUUUGUCGGCGAAGAAUGCAAACAUUUGUGACAUAUGUGGAGUGGAAUGUGGCUGUAAGUCACCUAAAGAGAAAUUGUGGUUUCCACAGUCUUGGUGCAAGAAGAAGAUAUAAAUUAGAAUACAUUUUAAAUAGCUUUCUUGAACAAAUAUGUCCGUGUACUAUACUUUCUAAAUAGCUUUGAUGAAAAAUGAAAAGCUGUUGUUGCUAAUGUGACUAAACUAAAUUCUUAUUUGUUAAUACUUUAAACAUAAAUAAACAUUGACGUAACAUUA